AUGACCGAUUCUACUCCUAUCGCCCGUGCCAGCUGCACCCGCUCAUCAAAAGUGAGAAAUUCCAGUCCUCAGAACCCACCGCUCCUCCAAUUUUACCAUAGAGGCAAAAAAGAAGCCUCCCUCCUCAAAAAGGCCUCAAAUGACCCGCCACUAACAAUCCAAAUUGAGUACAGAUGCCUGGUGUGCGGUGUCCCAACUGCGCCGCCAAGGGCCAAGAAGUAUGGGUCAUCCCAGGCAAAAGCUGCCAUGUCUGCCAUACUCCAUGCGCCUGAGUACGAGGAGCAGUGA